UGACACCUUUAAAUCUGCCUGGAGAUAAGGCUGAAGAGUCGUCUUGAUUUUUGAUACGUAGAUAAAUUUAGUGAUGACACAAUUAGAUUGACGCAAUCAUGCAAAUCGGCAGCAUUGGCAUGAUAAACAUGAAGAACUUGUUGACACACGCCGAAUUAAAGUUUGGCCAGGCUUCUUAUUACCACGACAGGUUGGACGGGUUUCUAGCGAAGCGUCGGGCAGUCCUUCUGCAGUAUUGCCGGAAGUGAAGCUAACAUAGAUCCGCAAUUGAUCCCAAGCAGCAUCUACCAUGGACGGUCGUGUAGCCUUGGUGACCGGCUCCAACAAGGGGAUCGGGUUUGAGAUAGUGCGGAGACUAUGCCAGGAAUUUGAUGGGAUUGUUUAUCUAACAGAUAUAGAUGAACAACUCGGGCAGGAGGCUGUUCAAAAGCUGAAGUCUGAGGGCCUGAACCCCAGCUUCCACCAGCUGGACAUCACAAAUGAGCAGAGUAUUCAGGCACUGAAGCAGCAUCUGCAGGACAAGCACGGGGGCCUGGAUGUGCUAGUGAACAAUGCAGGGUUUGGUCUUAAGCCCGAGAUAAGAGAUAAUUUUCCGUACGCAUUCCAAGCGGAGAAGUCAGUCGGAGUCAACUUCUUUGGGACCCUGGCUGUCAGCAAAGCUCUGCUGCCAAUCAUCAGGCCUCAUGGAAGGGUGGUUAAUAUGUCCAGCCAGUCCAGUAACAAGGCUAUACGGAACUGUAGUGCGGAGUUGCAGGCCCGGUUCAGGGACAGAAGCACGAAGGAAGAAGAACUUGUGAUGUUGAUGAAGAAGUACAUUGACAUGGCCAGGGUAGGGAAGCAUAAGGAGCAUGGCUAUCCGAAUUCAGCCUACGCCAUGUCCAAGAUCGGAGUGACGUCACUAACGUACGUACAGGCUCGGGAGAUGGAAGAGGAUCCCAGAGAGGACAUCCUGGUCAACUGUUGCUGUCCAGGUUGGUGUAAAACUGAUAGUGCGGGCUGGGAGAAGCCUCCAAGGACUGCUGCCGAAGGUGCAGACACACCCGUGUUCCUGUCUCUGCUGCCGCCCAACACGAAGAACUCACACGGACUGAUGUACCAUGACCGCAAACCCAUACCGUUCUGAGUUAUCAAAAAUGAGCUGCGAGAUAUACAUUGAA